AUACUUUCUAGAACAAUGACUACCCCUGAAGCUUGUUAUAUAUGUGAUCCAAUGAAUGGUAAAGUCUCAACUCUCAAGAGGCAAAAACUUUAUUUACAACUGAUGGGAAAACAAGUAUUGAAGACAGAACAAGUGUUCCUUGAGCACAAGAGAAAGAAAAAGUGGGUUGAUAGGAAGGAUGGAAGCUGUGGUUUCAUGUUAUACGCACGAUCCUUGUUCGUAACUUGGGGUCAUCGUGAGUAUUGGUCUUGGAAUAGCUUCAAAGAUACCAAUGACGAUAAUAUUGAAGUGGUGAAGCUGAUAAAUGUGUGUUGGCUUGAUGUGCGAGGGAAAUUAGGUAUGUCGGAGCUCUCACCAGGAGUAACGUAUGAGAGUGUGUAUGUUGUUAAGUUGACAAAAUCGGCGUCUGGGUGGGAGCUUCCACUUAUGCUGAGGUUAAAUGUGCCAGGAGAAGAAAAUAAGAUUAGGCAAGUUAGCAUGUUGAUGAAACCAAAAGGAGAAUGGUUUGAGCUGAAUUUGGGAAGUUUUCAAGCAAAAGCUGGUGAAAAUGGAGAGGUUUGUUUCGAUAUCUUUGAACAUGGUUGCCACUGGAAAACCGGGCUCAUCAUCCAAGCUGCCAUCAUUAGGCCUAAACAAUAAGCACUACGCACUCGCUACUUUUCUUAAAUGUACCCUAUUAUAGCUAGUACCUAUUCUAAAAAAAGUUAUGUUAUGGCUUUCUAGUUUUCAGCUUGAAUGUCAUCAAUCUGGAAUUUUGUUGAGAGUUAAGACUUAAGAGAUAUGGAAUUAUGUACAUUGCUCUGUUGUUUUUUGUGUC